AUGCAAAGCGAUCCAGAGAAGGCGAAGAAGCUUGCAGAAAGAAUAUACUACAGCGAAACAUACACAGACGCAAACAGCAACAUAUACAGACACGUGAUACUGCCGAAGGAGCUGUCGCUGCACGUGCCAAGGGACCGGCUUCUGGAGGAGCACGAGUGGCGCGCUCUCGGCAUUAUGCAGAGCAGAGGAUGGCAGCACUACAUGAAGCACGGGCCCGAGCCGCAUGUUUUGCUAUUUAAAAAAUCUGCGUCUCUUUAA